CUUUGUUGAUUUUUUUUUUUCUAAUGCACCAAGCUCAUUCCUACCUUAGGGCCUUUGUACCUGCUGUUCCUACUUUCUGGAAUACUCUACAUUCACCCUUGCUGUACAUAUGGCUGGUUCCUUCUCAUCCCUUAAUUCUUGGCUUGAAAGUCACCUCUGCUGAGAGGCCUUGCCUGAUUUCCCCAGCUAAGCACACCAUUAUUCUGUAUCAUUUUAUCCUUCUUUUUCUUUGUAACAUCUGCCACAAGGUGUAUUUACUUGUUUAUUCUUUUUCUUCUACUGGUCUGUGAAUGCCACUAGGGCAGAACUGUCUGUUCCUUUCCCCUAGCAUCUUGCCUAAGACUCCAUAUUUGUUGAAUGAAUAAAUGUAUAACCUAAGCAAGGCUGGAAGCCAGGGUCUGCCCACUCAGUUUAUAUAGCUGCUUCCUUGCACAGAAGGCUGGGCCCCAACUGGGGCAGGAUCUGGUUUACAGGGAGGUGCCCAACCCCAGCCCCCUCCAGGAAGUGCUCUCCGCCCUGGGUCCUAGGGCUCGGGCCGGGGACUUGUGGCUCAUGGGAGGGAAUCCAGUCUCGCUGCUGCCCAGCUGGGGGUCCCUGUCUCUUCCCAGACGGGACUGCUGCCCCCUCCCGCCCUGGGGUGCGUCGGGGAGACGCUGAAAGACCCGGACUCCUUCCUGAAGUCUGCGCGGCUGCAGCGGCUGCCGUCGUCGUCGUCGGAGAUGGGCAGCCAGGACGGGUCGCCACUGCGGGAGACGCGGAAAGAUCCGUUCUCCGCCGCAGCGGCUGAGUGCUCCUGCCGCCAGGACGGCCUCACGGUCAUCGUCACGGCCUGCCUCACUUUUGCCACGGGUGUUACUGUGGCGCUCGUCAUGCAGAUCUACUUCGGGGACCCUCAGAUCUUUCACCAGGGCGCUGUGGUGACCGAUGCUGUUCAUUGCACAUCGCUUGGCAUCGAGGUGCUCAGUAAGCAGGGAUCUUCCGUGGAUGCAGCUGUGGCAGCAGGCCUGUGUUUGGGGAUCGUAGCUCCACACAGUUCUGGCCUGGGCGGUGGGGGUGUGAUGCUGGUACAUGACAUCAGACGAAAUGAGAGCCAUCUAAUUGAUUUCCGGGAAUCUGCACCAGGGACUCUCAGGGAAGAGGUCCUACAGAGAUCCUGGGAUACCAAGCCUGGGCUCUUGGUGGGGGUCCCUGGAAUGGUGAAGGGGCUACAUGAAGCUCACCAACUCUAUGGCAGGCUGCCAUGGUCCCAAGUCCUGGCCUUCGCAGCAGCUGUGGCCCAAGAUGGCUUCAACGUGACCCAUGAUCUAGCCCGUGCCCUGGCUGAACAGCUGCCAAACAAUGCCUCUGAGCGUUUCCGUGAGACAUUCCUGCCACUGGGCCACCCGCCACUGCCCGGCUCACUCCUGCGGCGGCCUGACCUGGCUGCGGUGCUGGAAGCUCUGGGCACUUCUGGCCCCGCCGCCUUCUAUGCCGGAGGCAACCUCACCCUGGAGAUGGUGGCUGAGGCUCAGCACGCGGGGGGUGUCAUAACUGAGGAAGACUUCAGCAACUACAGUGCCCUCGUGGAGAAGCCUGUGUGUGGCGUGUACAGAGGCCACCUGAUUCUUAGUCCCCCACCUCCGCACACGGGCCCUGCUCUCAUCAGUGCUCUCAACAUCCUUGAAGGCUUCAAUCUCACCAGUCUGGUAUCCCGGGAACAGGCCCUUCACUGGAUGGCAGAGACCCUGAAGAUUGCAUUAGCCCUGGCCAGCAGACUGGGAGAUCCUGUCUACGAUUCUACCAUCACUGAGAGCAUGGAUGACAUGCUUAGCAAGGUGGAGGCUGCCUACCUCCGGGGCCACAUCAAUGACUCCCAGGCAGCCCCUGCCCCACUCCUACCUGUCUACGAGCUGGAUGGGGCUCCCACAGCUGCCCAGGUGCUGAUCAUGGGCCCUGAUGACUUCAUUGUGGCCAUGGUCAGCUCCCUGAACCGGCCCUUUGGCAGUGGCCUCAUUACCCCCUCGGGGAUCCUGCUCAACAGCCAGAUGCUGGACUUCUCCUGGCCUAACAGGACUGCUAACCACUCUGCGCCCAGCCUGGAAAAUUCCGUGCAGCCAGGGAAGCGGCCACUGUCUUUCCUGCUGCCCACUGUGGUCCGGCCAGCAGAGGGGCUCUGUGGGACAUAUCUCGCCCUGGGGGCCAAUGGAGCUGCCCGGGGCCUCAGUGGCCUGACCCAGGUUCUGCUGAAUGUCCUGACCUUGAACCGGAACCUGAGUGACAGCCUGGCCCGUGGCCGCCUACACCCAGACCUGCAGUCCAAUCUCCUGCAGGUGGACAGUGAGUUCACAGAGGAAGAGAUUGAGUUCCUGGAAGCCAGGGGUCACCAUGUGGAGAAGGUAGAUGUCUUAUCCUGGGUCCAUGGCAGCCGAAGAACCAACAACUUCAUCAUUGGUGUGAAGGACCCUCGGAGUCCAGAUGCAGCCGGAGCCACCAUCCUGUAGAGCAGUGGGGUGGGGCAGGGGUCUCUGCUCCCCGCCUUUGCAUGUUCCUAGAGUCCCUCCUUCUCCCAGGUUUGGUCUCGGGGGGACCCCAGGGAUGCCCCAGGUCAGGGGCUAGAGGGGAUGCUUAGCAAACCCUAUCCCAGAGUAACUGGAAAACUCUACCUGGAAGCCUGUGGUGGUGGCAGUGGUGAAUGUCAGUGCCCAUAGCCAGGCAGACAGGACCUUGAGGAGUCAGACUGUCCAUCUCCUUUCCCUCAGCCAUGCUGGCCCUGAGCUUAGGGAUGUGCUUGCAAACCCUUCUCAAGGGUCCUCACAACCCCAGCAUCUCCUGUAAGGCCUCACCUGGGUCUUUUCUUCCAGCUCUCUUCUCCUGUCCCCAGCCAUUUCUUAAAUGACUAGGAUUUUUUUUAAUGGACCAUUAUGGGGAGGAGGUACUCCUCUCUUCCUCCCACCAGGUUGAAGGAGGGGCCUUGCAUCUGGGGGGCCCCAAGGUAUGGGGUAGGGGUUGGGGGUG